AUGAUCUUUUUAUGGUGGCUGCUGGGAGUUAUCCAUCUUGUGAACGCUAAUACUGAGACGUUAUUGGUAUAUGCUGAUCCUGCGUAUGAAGUAUAUGAUUAUGGGGAUCUGAAUUCUCAUGAAAGGACGACAAUUCCAUGUUCCCUAAACUUGAGCCAAGUUUAUGGAGGUGACGUCUACUUGCACCGUCCUGGAAACCCUUGUCCAAUUGAGUUGCAUAAUUCUUGGACUCUUCCGCCAAUCAAGACGAUACAUCGGUUAAACGUUGAAAAGGGGUCAACUUAUUUUGUUUCUCUUUGCUGGAGUGCAAUUUUUCCUGUUGAUUUUAGUCUUAGCUAUGUGGUGGAAAAGAGCGAGGCAUCCAACGAUAAUGACAUACGACAAAACUUCACAGUGGACACCCCAAUUGAAGAGUUGCAAGGAGCGAUUCCUGGGAUAUAUCUCAUUGUUGAGGCCAAACCUAACUUCUUUGCCCUGAGAAACUCUAACUUUAAACAAUAUCUCGAUGAGAUACAGUAUCAAAUCAACGUGGAGCAAUGUAUUCUUGUGCCUGGAUUGACCGAAAGAAUACUCAAACUAGCGGGUAAGAUUAUGCUAGUUGCAGUGAUAGCAUUGUUUAUAGCGACCAAGAUGAGUCUAUGGUUAAAGCAGCUGGCCUUAACUCCAGCGAAGAUCAAAUUGCGUUAA